AUGUCUGAAUCACCAUCAUCUGCCGCGUCGGUGCUGAACUUCAAUGCGCUGUUUGACAAUCCGCUGUUUGCUGGAGGCAUUGGCCUCGCCUCCUUAGGCGCUGCCGCAGCAUUUGCUCGCAAGGGAUCAAUUGCGCUGCUUGGCGCUGCCCGCCGUCGCCUUUUGGUCAACGUUGAGAUCAGCAAACAGGAUCCGGCAUAUCCCUGGAUUCUAGCAUGGCUCUCACAGCCGCGAGAGACGCCAGGCUUCAUUGCAUCUCGGCUCACACGCAUCCAUAAUCUAUCAGUGGCCACGGCGACGGGAGCAAGAGGGCCGGGAGCAACCGGGCCAGUCAACGCUCACUUCUUUCUUCAGCCUGGAUAUGGACGGCAUAUCGUCAAGUUUGGCAAGGCCUUUAUCUCUGUCAACAGAGAGAAGCACAACACUGCGAAUAUGAAUACGGGAGAGCCGCAUGAGAUUGUCCAGCUAACCACUCUCUGGGCGCACCGUUAUGUUUUUGAAGAUCUCUUCAGAGAGGCGCAUCAGCUAGCCGCAAAGGCGAACGAAGGCAAAACUGUGGUAUACUCUGCACGUGGACUUGAAUGGACUCCCCUCGGCGAUCCUCGGAAGAAGAGGCCGCUUGGAUCAGUCAUACUGGACGAGGGCAUCAAAGAGAGCAUCGUGGCCGAUGUCAAGGACUUUUUAUCAAGGCAACAAUGGUAUGUCGAUCGGGGUAUUCCAUAUCGGAGAGGCUAUCUCCUGUUUGGGCCUCCAGGCAGCGGCAAGAGUUCUUUCAUCCAAGCGCUGGCGGGCGAACUCGACUUUGGCGUUGCCAUGAUCAACCUCAGUGAAAUGGGCAUGACCGAUGAUAAACUGGCAUACCUUUUAACCAAGCUGCCGAAAAGAAGUCUACUCCUGUUGGAAGAUGCCGAUGCCGCUUUUGUCAACCGCCGCCAACGAGACACCGACGGAUACAGCGGCGCCAAUGUUACCUUUUCUGGUCUCCUGAAUGCGUUGGACGGAGUGGCUGCCGGAGAAGAACGCAUCGCAUUCCUCACCACCAAUCACAUUGAGCGUCUAGACCCUGCACUGAUCAGACCAGGCCGAGUGGACAUGAUGCUGAAGAUUGGCGAGGCAACCCCGUUCCAGGCUGCGCAGAUGUGGGAUCGAUUCUAUGGCGAUGUCGAUCAGGAUCACGCUGGCCGGGCACGAUUCUUGGAACGCCUCGAGGAGCUGGGUUUGUUUGGGAAAUACAAGGACGGCCAGGCUUCCAACCGCCAUACGAGCGCCGCCGCUAUCCAGGGCCUAUUUCUGUUCAAUAAGAGCGAUAUGCACGGUGCUAUUGAUAUGGCCGAGGGUCUUAUCCCAAGGAAUUUUGAGGCGGAAAACUCUGGCGUCGACGGUGCAACCAAGACGCCAGUUUAA